UCUGCAGGCAUGUCCUCUGUGCUGGAACUCUGACACACGGUGGGCCACUGCUGGUCUAAACCAGGUGAGUCUGGGCGGCAUUCCAAGGCUGCAAUACACACUCGGUCUAGGGCCUUCUCUGCCCUUCACCCACUUCCAGCUAGGCUUGUUGGGUGGUCCCGCCAACCCUUUUACAUAGUCACUCUCUCCCUGCCACCACUGCAUGUGCCCCCAGUGCCAGGCCCCUGAGAACCCUGAGAGGUCUUUGAGAACUUGGCCUGUGUCUGAAUGCUGAGAACUUCUGAAGCCCAGAGCUAUACCCACUGUGAGUCCCUGCCUGUGGCUGAUGACGACUCUGGGCCAGCCUUCCAUUUCCAGCAUGGAUGCUCAACUUUCCCACUUCAUCUCUUUCAAACCCAGAUUCUCCUCAAUGCCAAGACCCAAUUUCACAGCUGUGACAGAGUUUAUCUUUGAAGGCUUCUCCAUUUUUGAAUGGCACUCCAGACUCAUCCUCUUUGUCGUCUUUUUGGCCUUAUACCUGUUGACCCUUGCCAGCAAUGCUCUCAUCUUGACAGCUAUCCGCCUCAACCGUCAACUUCACACACCCAUGUACUUCUUCCUGAGUGUGCUGUCCAUUUCCGAAACCUGUUAUACACUGGCCAUCAUCCCCCGAAUGCUAUCCAGUCUCCUCAGCCCCCGACGAGCCAUCUCCAUUCGAGAAUGUGCCACCCAGCUCUUCUUCUAUCUCUCUUUUGGUGUCAACAACUGCUUUCUGCUCACAGCCAUGGGGUAUGACCGCUAUGUGGCCAUUUGCAACCCACUACGGUAUUCAGUCAUCAUGGGCAAAAGGACCUGCAUGCAACUGGCAAGUGGAUCGUGCAGCAUCGGCCUGAGCACAGCCAUCAUUCAAGCGUCAUCUGUGUUCAGCCUGCCCUUCUGUGAUGCGAACAUCAUCUCCCACUUCUUCUGUGACGUCCGGCCCCUGAUGAAGCUCGCCUGUGCUGACACUACCAUGAAAGAAUUUGUCACUCUGUUCAUCAGUCUCUGCGUCCUUGUCCUGCCCAUGGUCUUGAUCUUUAUCUCCUAUGUCCUAAUUGUCACCACCAUCCUCAAGAUUGCCUCUGCUGAAGGUCGGAAAAAGGCCUUUGCCACCUGUGCCUCCCACCUCACUGUUGUCAUUGUCCACUAUGGCUGUACCUCCUUCAUCUACCUAAAACCCAAAUCCCAGAACUCCCUGCAGGACAGACUCAUCUCCGUGACCUACACCGUCAUUACCCCGCUACUAAACCCCGUCAUCUACAGCCUGAGGAACAAGGAGGUCAAGGAUGCCUUGCUCAGAGCACUGGGCAGGAAGCCACUCUCUUAG